UUGCGUGAGUGUGUGUACGCGCGCGCGCGCGAGUGUUUCAGCGGGGAACUGAAACAUGCAGGAUGCUUGUUGUUGUGGAGAUCCUGGAUGUUGCGGUUAGAGUGGCACAUUGAUGAUGAUCGCUUUUGUUUUUACUGGAGCUGCUCGGGCGUGGAGCGGCAACUUCCUGACCUUCACGUUUCUGAGCGGCAGAACAAUCCCGCGACCCUGCCGUUAAUUCUAGCUUAGCUCAUUUCUAACUUUUUAUGCAACAUUCACGCGAUAGAAACGCUGGUUUGGGUUUUUGUUAGAUCAUUUUGGGGUGUCGGGGGGAGGGGUGACGUCAUACGGCCUCCAGCUGCAUCAUAAAUCCAGUGCGUCACUAUAUUUACUGCAUCCCCAAUACGGAACUGACUGCCAAAUGAUACAGAUCCAUACAUAAAACACGUUUCAAUGCCUCAAGCUUCCUGUUUUCAACAACUGUUUAUAGACUUAAAUUAAAACUUCAACAGAAAUGACAGUUCUCUCAAAAACGAUUUAAAAACAGCAAAACUGCCUCAAAAAUAGAACAAAUAAAACCCCUCUGACCUCCAGCAAAAUGACAAGCACACCAGAAUCCUGUUCAUCUCUGCAACGAGUGAAGAGGUAAAUGUGUAAAACAACGUUUAUUAAUGGCGAAAGUUUUUUAACAGUUUGUUACAAAUCAGUAAAUGUGUUUUGUCCUCACAGGCUCCCGUAGAAGUGUGUCGCCUAGACCAUGUAUUUCCCAUGUAUUUUAGAACCAAUUUUAUGGUUAUAUGUGAUAAAGCUGCCAAUAUUUUUCUAAAUCUGGGCAUAAUUUAAUUUCUUUUCAACAACAUUUCGAUCAAUAUUUCCAGAGAUCAGCGGUAAAAACUGCACAUUGUCACUUUAAAUACAUGUUCAUAAACAAAAGUUGAGCCUCUGUUGUUCCUGUACAAAUAUAAUUAGACUAGAACCAGUUUCUGGGACCUUCACAAGCCUGGUCAUGCUUGCUUCUUGCCUACUUUUGCGUCAUGUGAUUCCUAGCUGAUGAUUUCACCUGCUCCUGUGAUAAAAAAAAAGUCUCCUUGUUGUGGAUAAAACAUUAAAGAGAGUAGGACACCACGUGUUCAGAGAGAAGCCUGGUUGGGAUGACACGUUUGGUUUGGUUUGCAGAUGUUGAAACAAACAAUCUACUGUGAGUCAGCUGACUGCAAAUACCAACCUCCAGUGUGAGCAGGAGCAUGAGACACAAGCUUGACUCACAGGUUCUCCUUGGGUGCCUCCCAUGGGUUAGUGUCUAGAUCAAAGGCUUACAGAAUGCUAAAAAGUAUAUUAAAGUACCCGUGAGCACAGUGACGUCGCUAGCUAGCUAAGCAGAAGUUUCAGCCAUGCCAAACGAACGCACUCCUCUGAUCAUGUCGGGGGUGUGUGGUCUGACGUUGGAGACGGUGACAUGCGGAUCACAAUCAGACUCCACCCAGGAUUCCAGCUCUGGGAAACCAACCCAGAGUCCUCGAAGACUGAACACCUUCUUCGGUGUCAUGGUGCCGACUGUCCUCUCCAUGUUCAGCAUUGUGUUGUUCCUGAGAACAGGGUUUGUGGUUGGUCAUGCAGGGCUGCUGCAGGGUCUCCUGAUGCUGAUAGUAGCCUACACCAUCAUCUCUCUCACAAUACUUUCCAUCUGUGCUAUUUCCACCAACGGAGCGAUACAGGGGGGCGGAGCCUACUACAUGAUAAGCCGCUCUUUAGGGCCUGAGUUUGGAGGAAGCAUAGGUUUGAUGUUCUUCCUGGCUAAAGUGUUUGCAUGUGGGGAGUACGUUCUGGGACUUGUGGAAGCCAUACUUGAUAUAUUUGGUGCAGAUCCUGAAUCCCCCAUCUCAGAGGGGGUGAAGGUCCUUCCUCAGGGUUACUGGUACACCGUUCUGUACUCCUCUGUAAUCCUCCUGCUGUGCCUCCUCGUGUGUUUGGUCGGCGCCCACAUCUACUCCCGCACCGCCUUCGCCAUCCUGCUGGUGGUCACCGUGUCACUACUGUCCAUCUUCAUCAGUUCUGUGGCGGUUAAGCCUCUAGACUUUAUCAUCACUCACCAGGGACCUAAUAACCAAACCCUCCGCUACAACACCAGCUACACGGGUUUCAGCGCCACCACCAUGAGGAAAAACCUGGGUGCUGAUUACUCUGUAGAUUACAGCACCAACUCACUCAUGUCUUUCGCCACCGUGUUUGCCGUCCUUUUCACCAGCUGCACCGGGAUCAUGGCUGGAGCCAACAUGUCAGGAGAGCUAAAGACACCGAGUGUGUCCAUCCCUAAAGGCACCAUCGCAGCCGUUUUCUACACCUUCACAGUUUACCUUCUCCUCUUCCUCGUGGUCAGCGCCACUUGUGACAGGACCCUGUUGAUUCAGGAUUAUGGGCUUUUCCAGCGAAUAAAUCUAUGGCCACCGUUCGUCACCAUUGGCAUCUACUGUGCCUCCUUGUCAGCUGCGAUGUGCGCCAUGAUCGGAGCGUCACGGAUACUCCACGCACUUGCUGUGGACCACCUCUUUGGUUUGCCCUUGGCUCCAGCUGCCAUUACAUCAAAAUCUGGGAACCCAUGGAUGGCGGUGCUGUACACCUGGGGCCUGGCACAGUGCGUGGUGUUUGCAGGCCAGCUCAACGCCGUAGCCGGUCUGGUGACGGUUUUCUACCUGCUCCUCUAUGCUGCUGUGGAUCUGGCCUGUUUGGCUCUUGAAUGGGCAUCUGCACCAAAUUUCAGACCAACCUUCCAGCUCUUCUCGUGGCACACCUGCCUGCUGGGGAUCGUCAGCUGUCUGGUGAUGAUGUUCGUCAUCAACCCUGUGUACUCAUCAGGCAGCAUCGUCCUCCUGUUACUGCUGCUGCUUUUCCUCCAUUACAGAUCUCCCACAAGCAGCUGGGGCUACAUCAGCCAGGCCCUAAUUUUCCACCAGGUUCGGAAGUAUCUGCUGAUGCUGGACGUGAGGAAAGAUCAUGUGAAGUUCUGGAGGCCUCAGGUGCUGUUGAUGGUGUCCAACCCCCGCUCCUCCUGUCAGCUCAUCCAGUUUGUGAACCAGCUGAAGAAGGGGGGGCUGUAUGUGUUGGGUCAUGUUCAGCUGGGAGAUUUGGACUCUCUGCCAUCAGACCCUAUCCAGACCCAGUACAACUUCUGGCUCAGCCUGGUUGAUAAACUUGGGGUGAAGGCCUUUGUAGACCUGACUCUGUCUCCAUCAGUCAGACAGGGAACACAACAUCUGCUGCGCAUCACAGGACUGGGUGGCAUGAAGCCCAACACGCUGGUUCUGGGUUUCUAUGACAACUGCACACCUGACGACUUCUUCCUGCAGGACUCUGCCUUCUGCCAUUCAUCGGUGGGACAGAGCAGUGAUGGGGAGUAUAACUUUGGUGUGGACCUGCCUUCUUUGCAGGCUCAUUUCCCCCCCGUCCGACACGUGGAGAGCCCUCGGUGGUUGUCAACAGAGGAGUAUGUCGGCAUCAUCUCUGACGCCACAAAGAUGAAUAAAAACGUGUGCCUUGGUCGGUACUUUUACCAGCUGCAGGGGGAAGAUAAAGGCAGUAAAACAGACGGAUCGGAGCGAACGAUAGAUGUGUGGCCUCUCAACCUGCUCCAGCCAGGCAGCUGUGACUACCAGGAUGUGUGCAGCCUCUUUCUGCUGCAGAUGGCCUGCGUACUCAACAUGUCCAGCAAAUGGCGCCAUGCAAGAAUGAGAAUCUUCCUGAAUGUGGAGACGGGCUCCUGUGACCAGGGGUGGGUGGUUAACGAGGAGACGUUCCGAGACUUGCUGAAGAAGCUGAGGAUCAGAGCGAGCAUAAAGAUUGUCCCGUGGGACUCUGUGGUGCAGCAUUUUGCUCUGCCAGAGGGGGAGCGCUCUAAGGAGCCAGCACCAAUGGCGGCCCUGUCUGAGGACUUCCUGUAUGCAGUGAACCGCAUGUUGACAGAACACAGCUCACAGGCUGCUGUUCGCUUCCUGUAUUUACCUCAACCCCCUGCUCUCCGCAGCCAGUCACAGCAGUACUUAUCCCAGCUGGAUGCAGUGACCAGCGGCUUGGGGCCGACCCUUCUGAUCCAUGGAGUCACACCAGUCACGUGCACGGAUCUCUGAGCACGCAGUCUUAGCAAUUAUUCAUUUAAAUUAAAUUAAACAUUUAUUAAUGUUUCUGUAUCAUAAGCACAGUGGUUCUACUUAGACAAAAGUACUACAUAGUUUAUUUAGUGGGAUUCAAGUAUAUUUAAAGUUAUUACUAUUUUAUUGUGGAGUUUUUAUGAUUUCUCACACAUCUUAAUUCUUUCGUCUGAACCACUCUCAUACAUCAGUCGAAGUUUUCGAUUUGGAUUGAGUUGUGACAUUCCUACUUUUACUUGAACUGAGAUUAAGCCAAUAAAUGGCUCUAAUAAUGAAGUGGUUAUGAUUUACGUUGAUGUGACUUCCUGUUUGCAUCAGCUGUGUUUGACGGAAAUUAACACGUCAAAAGAAGAUCACAGUUCCUUAUGAGGCAUUCAAGUUGCCAAAAGUACCAAAAACCAAAGUGCACAUGCACAUUUCAGAGUUUCAGGGAUUAAAUUAUUGCAGAUUUCUGAUAAAUUUGAUUUCUUAAUAUAAUUCUGUUACAUAACAGAAAUGGUUCUUAUCAGCAUUUUUGUAUUAUUGUUUGUCUUAUUUCCUAAUUUUUAAAAUUUCUACCUUUUUACUAAACAUUCCAGAGACUUUUUGUUUGUAACAGACUUUCCUUUUACGGUCCAGCGUCUUUCUGCUUUGCACAAGAGGGAAGCGAUUUGCCAUUUGACCUCCGAAUGAGAAAACAGUGUCGGAAGCUCUGUACUGUCAAAGAUGUGAAGAGUUCCAACUUAAAAAAAACAAAUGACCUGAUUAAUCUAUCUGGUCUGAGACCAGACCCAGGCUGUUCACACACUCCAGCAUAAAUUCAUUAUUCCUAAUCUUUGUGAUCAAAUGGCCUAUUUUGUGUUUUAUUACUUGCUAACUUGACUCGCUGAGAAUUCUUUAAAAAUGCUUGUUUUCAUUCAACAUGAAUAAAUACAUCUGCACCACA